AUGUCGAACCACGGCGUGGAGAAGGAGGAAGGCAACCUAGGCAGGGAAGCUUCUGUGCAGGUUGGCCUAAGUGGUGGCAGCUUACAGUCCUCCAGUUCCUCUGAUGAAGCUGUGGCCACUGAGCACCGGAAUAAACCGAUGUGGUCGAUGGACAUUGGAAAAAAAGGAAGACUGGGACCAGAAAGCCAGAAAGGUGAUCCUCAAAUGGGGAAGCCACCAGCUGGGCUGGAAGCUGGAGAUGGAGAGGUCGCUCCAUCUCAGUUCGCAUUACCCAUCACAAAUUUGUUAAAAACUAAGGGGGAGGGGAAACUGAAGCCCAGCCAGACACAGAAAUGGACUAUGGAGUGCCAAGCCGCUUUUGAAAAACUGAAAAGGCUAUUCUUGGCAGACCCAGUCCGGAAACACCCAGACACCGAAAAACCUUUCAUCAUUCAGGCAGAUGCUAGUGAUGUAGCAGUGGGUACAGUAUUGCUUCAGGAGAAUAAUGAAGGGAAAUUACAGCCUUGUGCAUACACAUCAAGAAAACUCACAGAAACAAAACAGAGAUGGGCAGUGUGGGAGAAGGAAGCCUAUGUCAUUCGUUGGGCUCUCCUGACAUGGCGACAUUUCCUGGAAGAGAACAAAAUCCCCUUCCAAGUACGGGCUGAUCAUAAGAACUUAGAGGUUCUAAAAACACCCAGGAAAUUAUUCCCCAAACAGCAAGUGGCUUUUCAUGGUCUUUCAGUGAAAAUCAAGAAAGAACCCCACAGUCCAUGUUCUGAACUCAGCUCAGCUUGUAGUCAAGAACAACCAUUCAAAUUCAGUUAUGGAGAAAAGUGCCUGUACAAUGUCAGUGCCUAUGAUCAGAAGCCACAAGUGGGAAUGAGGACUUCUAACCCACCAACUCCAUCAAGCACUCCAGUUUCACCACUGCAUCAUGCAUCUUCAAACUCGGUUCAGAGUUCUAAACCUGACCGGAUUUUUCCAACUCACUUGCCUCCAUCCCAGCCCAUCCCAGACAAUAGCUUUCCUAUGGAUCACAGAUUUCGUCGUCAGCUCUCAGAACCUUGUAAUUCCUUUCCUCCUUUGCCUGCCAUACCACGGGAAGGACGUCCGAUAUAUCAACGCCAGAUGUCUGAGCCAAACAUCCCUUUCCCACCUCAAGGGUUUAAACAGGAGUACCAUGAUCCAGUAUAUGAACACAAUGCUAUGGUUGGCAAUUCAGUCACUCAAAGUUUUCCUCCUCCUCUGAUGAUUAAACAAGAACCCAGAGAUUUUGCAUACGAUUCAGAAGUGCCUAGUUGCCAUUCCAUUUACAUGAGGCAAGAAGGCUUCCUCACUCACCCAAACAGAACAGAAGGUUGUAUGUAUGAAAAAGGACCAAGACAAUUUUAUGAUGACACUUGUGUUGUUCCAGAGAAAUUUGAUGGUGAUAUCAAGCAGGAGCCAGGAAUGUAUCGUGAGGGACCAACAUACCAGCGACGUGGUUCCCUUCAGCUGUGGCAGUUUUUGGUAGCUCUUCUCGAUGAUCCAUCAAACUCUCAUUUCAUUGCUUGGACUGGUCGAGGUAUGGAGUUCAAGCUGAUUGAACCAGAAGAGGUGGCACGUCGCUGGGGGAUUCAAAAAAACAGGCCAGCCAUGAACUAUGAUAAACUUAGCCGUUCACUUCGCUAUUAUUAUGAAAAGGGAAUCAUGCAAAAGGUUGCUGGAGAGAGAUACGUGUACAAGUUUGUUUGUGACCCUGAAGCCCUCUUCUCCAUGGCCUUUCCGGAUAACCAGCGUCCCUUGCUGAAAACUGACGUCGAACGUCAUAUCAAUGAAGAGGACACUGUCCCUCUGUCCCACUUUGAUGAGAGUAUGGUCUAUAUGCAAGAAGGAGGCUGCUGUAAUACCCACCCUUAUAAUGAAGGCUAUGUAUAUUAAUUGGAGUGACAGUAAUGAAGCCCCUUUUUCAUCCUAAGCUUCUCUUCUUUAAUGAGACCAAGACAAAAGCUGAAUUCCCUUCAGUUGGUUUAUAAGAAUAAGAAUUAAAAACUGUAAAAGAA